GCAUUCGUGCUCGCCCGCCCGCCCGCCCGCCCGCCCGCCAUGGCCAGCCUUAAGGACCUCGAGGGGAAGUGGCGCCUGACGGAAAGCCACGGCUUUGAGGAAUACAUGAAGGAGUUAGGGGUAGGGCUGGCUCUUAGGAAAAUGGGUGCCAUGGCCAAACCAGACUGCAUCAUUACUUGUGAUGGCAACAACAUCACCGUUAAAACCGAGAGCACUUUGAAGACGACACAGUUUUCUUGUAACCUGGGAGAGAAGUUUGAUGAAACUACAGCCGACGGUAGAAAAACUCAGACGGUCUGCACCUUCACAGACGGUGCCCUGGUUCAGCACCAGAGCUGGGAUGGGAAGGAAAGCACAAUAACAAGAAAGAUCAAGGAUGGCAAGUUGGUGGUGGAUUGUGUCAUGAACAAUGUCACUUGUACUAGAGUCUAUGAAAAAGUGGAGUAAGGAUUUCGUCACCACCCUGGACAGGAGUUAGCUGCAAGAGUGAAGAAGCUCAGUUCAAUGAGCAGGUCAUAAAUAUCCAUACUACUUCUUUUCUUCAGUUUUAUUUUUCAUAACUGUGUUGAUUUACCUAGGAUCUUUCCUUUGGUUAGUAAAUAAACGUGUUUGUGCUAAUUCUCGA